AUGCCUGCUCGUCUUCACUCUCGCCCGCAAGGUAAUUCUACUCUCACUUCCUCACAGGACCCUGGGAACCAAGCAGACAGACCAUCCUCUCCGCAGGUGAACUUGACAUAUGAAGAUGAAGAUGCCAUUGCAGAAAUCCACCGCACACUUACAAACAAAGGCCAUGGCCACGACUACUCGGAGCCCCAUUCCUCCUUCGACAAGUUUUUAGAGGCAGAACUUGAAGCAGGAAGGAAGAAGCCCAAUCUCGGAGUAGGUUUCCAGUCACUUUCGACGUGGGGUGCGGGAGGAGAGCAUGUCAAUGUCAAGACGCUAGGAACCGCAUUAUGGCGAACUCUCACCUUCCAAGAUGUCUAUGAAGGGACGGUAAAGCCGUGGAUGAAGAAGCCCGAGCCGGAGAGUGGACGUCAAUUGAUCUGCGAUCUCACUGGGGUGGUUCGGAGUGGCGAGAUAAUGCUCGUUCUGGGACGACCAGGGGCUGGCUGCUCGACAUUCCUACGCACAGUCGCUGGCUACCACUCGUCUUUCCUUGGUGUGACUGGCUCAAUUGAUUAUUCCGGCCUCAGCCUAGAAGAUGUCAAAAAACACUACCGAGGUCAGGUUGCCUAUGUCCCGGAAGAUGAUGUGCAUUUUCCCACGCUCAAUGUUCGGCAGACUUUGGAGUUUGCACUCCAGAGCAAGACGCCAAAAAGAUAUCAUGAUAGAAUUCCACGGUACCUCGAAAUCUAUGGCAGAGUGUUCGGGAUGGCGCACACCAUGGAUACAUUAGUUGGAAACGAGUAUAUUCGAGGAGUGUCCGGUGGUGAACGCAAACGAAUUUCGAUCAUCGAAUCCCUGGCCACAGACUCAUCAGUGAUGUGCUGGGAUAACUCGACCAGAGGCCUUGAUGCGUCGUCCGCUCUGGACUAUGCUCGGAGCUUGCGUAUCAUGACAGAUACUUGCGGCAAAGCUACGUUGAUGACCCUGUACCAAGCGUCUGAUGCUAUCUACGACCUGGUCGAUAAGGUCCUGCUUAUCGAUGAAGGGCGAAUGAUCUAUCAAGGGCCCGCCCAUGAGGCAAUGGCAUACUUCCAAGAUCUGGGAUACGAGUGUGGAGAGAUGCAAACUGUAAGCGACUUUCUGACCAGUGUCACUGUUCCAGAAAGAAGAAGAUUCCGGCCAGGGUGGGAAAUGCGCGCACCGAAAGGACCAAUCGAGCUGGAACAAGCGUUCAGAAAAAGCGCUGCGUUCUCAAACAUACAGCAGGAAGUACUGAGAUAUAACGAUCAGGGCCUCAGUGGGAAAAGCCGAGCCGAAUCGCAUGCCGAUACCGAUUACGGAAGUGUGGAGGACAUCAAGAAGGCGCUUCAAACCGACAAGUCUCGAUUUGUUUCCUCCAAAUCUCCAUAUACUAUCUCCUUUUUCCGACAGAUAAUCCUGUGUGCGAGACGCCAAGGAUGGCAGAUCCGGGGUCACAUGUCACCUCUGUACAUCAAGAUCAUUUCCUCAGUGAUAUACGGGCUUCUUGUCGGUUCCAUGUUCUAUGACCAACCGCAAACGACAGAUGGCAUGUACAGUCGGGGAGGUGUGAUCUUCUACUCGUCCAUUCUCCUGGCUUGGCUCCAGAUGUCCGAAUUGGAAGAGGCAAUGCAAGGCCGCGACAUCCUUAGUCGGCAAAAGAAGUUUGCGUUUGUCCGGCCUAGUGCUGUAUGCCUGGCUCGGGUUAUUGCAGACAUUUUCAUCGCCGCCCUUCUUGCUUUCCUCUAUCUGAUCGUGGUCUAUUUUCUGUCAGGAUUGAAGUCUGACGCCGGUGCCUUUUUCAUCGAUUUCCUCUUUAUCUAUAUGUGCACAAUAUCGUUGACGGCUCAAUUCCGAUUGUUUGCCGCCGCGUCUUCCAACUUCGAGGUUGCCCUUCGCUACACCGGAUUCCUUGUCUUGCUCUGCAUUGUUUUCGGAGGCUAUGUGCUCUCUGUAGACAAGAUGAUGGCCGAUGUCCCCUGGGUCGGCUGGAUAGCCUACAUCACACCAGCGCUAUACACAUACGAGGCAAUGAUGGCCGCAGAAUUCCACAAUCUGAAUUUCACUUGCUCACCAGCCUCAGUUGUCCCCGCAGGACCAGGCUAUACUGAUGUUGUUUACCAGACAUGUGCCCAGGCUGGAAGUCAAGUAGGCAGCACUAUCGUGAACGGGGAUGACUACUUGGCCGAGAAAUACGGUUUCUAUUUCAGUAAUGUUUGGCGCAACUUCGGUAUUCUCUGUCUAUUCACCGUUGCUUUUGUCGCGGCUCAAUGCGUUCUGAGUGAAAUCAUGGAAUGGGAACCGGACAGUGCCGGACCAGUCCAGUACAAAAAGUCGCGGAAACACCUGAAAACUACCAACGGUGACGAUGAAGAAGGGCGUCCUGUGCCUAUUGAUCUAACAGCGCCAGCAUCGUCAAGUCUAGAUGGCCAAUCUGCGCAAGCUCUUACUGCAACCAAGUCGGCCUUCACUUGGGAUAACCUCGAGCUAUUUGUGCGAGUGAACAAGGAGGAGCGUAAGUUGUUAGAUGGCGUUAGCGGAUACUGUAGACCCGGUUCCCUCACUGCUUUGGUUGGAGCUUCUGGAGCUGGGAAAUCAACAUUGUUGACUGCACUUACCCAAAGACAAACCUCCGGCGAACUCACGGGCACGAUAUAUAUUGACGGAAAUCCUAUCGACUCUUCAUUCAAAUCACGCAUCGGCUACUGCGAACAAAUGGAUAUCCAUGAUGAGAGCAGUACUAUUCGCGAAGCCUUCGAGUUCUCUGCACUUCUUCGCCAGGAUUCGGACGUACCUGAUAGCGAGAAGUUGGCUUAUGCAAGAACGGUCUUAGCGACAUUGGACUUGGUUGACCUGCAGAACGCCAUCAUCGGCUCGUUAGAUAUCGAGAAGAGAAAGCGUGUGACUAUCGGCGUUGAGCUUUGCGCAAGACCGGAACUGCUAUUGUUCCUGGACGAGCCCACAAGUGGUCUAGACAGCCAGGCUGCGUCCAGUAUCUGUGCGCUUCUAAGACGGCUCGCCGACCAGGGUCUGGCGAUUUUAUGUACCAUCCACCAAGCCAACCAGGAACAGUUCGAGCUGUUCGAUCGAGUACUGGCUCUAAGUCCUGGUGGUAAGACCUACUAUUUUGGAGAAGUAGGGGAAUCCGGGCGCUCUAUCUUCGAGUACUUCACCAAAUAUGGUGAGAAACCUGAGAAUGUCACCAAUGCUGCCGAUUACAUUAUUGAAGUUGUUGUUGGAGGUACAAAGAACACGGCGAGCAGUGUCGAUUGGGCUGAAGUUUGGAACCAGUCUUUCGAAGCCCAGCAGGUCCAGCAGGAAAUAUCUGGGAUCAGAAACAUGAAGCGUGAGAGCUCGAAUGUCGCUGCUGAACCACGCAGCAUGCCCGCACUUCCUCGCCAGAUUCUUUUCUUGACCCAAAGAACAUUUCGGCAGUUCUGGAGAAGUCCCGAGUACCCAUACUCUCGACUCUACGCUUCGUUCUUGCACGCCCUCAUCAACGGUCUUACUUAUCUCCAGAUCUCUAAUAGCGCCACAGACCUGCAGUCCAAGGCCUUCUCGUGCUUCUUGGUUCUGAUGCUGGUACCUGAGUUCAUCAAUGCGAUCAGUAUGCGGUUCAUCAUGAACCGUGACCUGUGGCAGGCUCGAGAAGGGCCCAGCGGAGCAUAUGGAUGGGUUGCGUUCUGCACUGCUCAGAUUAUCUGUGAAAUACCGUACGCCAUAAUCAGUGCAGUGGUCUUCUUCGUCCUGUACUAUUUCAUUGUCGGGCUUCCUCUGGGAUUCGCUGCGGGAUACAGCUUCAUUAUGUUUUUCUUGUUUUUCCUGUUCGCAACUUCCUGGGGGCAAUGGAUCGCUGCCUUGAGUGCCGACUCAAUGGUGGCAGCAACUCUAAUGCCCUUCUUCAUUAUCAUGUGCGAGUUGUUCAACGGUAUUUUGCAACCUCACCAAAAUAUGCCUGUGUUCUGGGCGUACACUAUGUACUACACGACACCCUUUACGUACUGGAUUGGAGGCGUCUUGACAUCAGUCCUCCGCGGCGUGCCAGUCAUUUGUGAUGAGAGCGAAUUGACCGUGUUCCAAAGCCCUCUUAACAUGACCUGUGGGGAGUAUGCGGGCUCAUGGCUUGCUGAAAAGGGCGUUGGGUAUCUCUCCAACCCUGAUAGUUCAGGGGAGUGCGGAUACUGCGAGUAUAGUUACGGAGAUGAUUAUCUCUCAACCAUCGGACUUGACUCGUCCAAGAUCUGGCCGUAUUUUGGCAUUUUCCUGGCGUUUGUAAUCACCAACUACCUGAUGGUAUACCUGCUUUUCUAUGUGAGGUCGGUGAUGAAGCCAUUCUGGCGACGUACAUAA